AGUUCAACACCAAAUUCGGUAUCUAGAGCAACCCAAACAACCAAAAAUGGCAUUCAAAUUCACCAUUCUUUUCGCCGCCUGCAUCGCCGUGGCCAGCGCUGGCAUCAUUCCCGCCGCCGCUCCACUGGCCGCCGUGGCCCAGGUUGAGGAGUACGAUCCCCAUCCUCAGUACACCUACGGCUAUGACGUCAAGGACGCCAUCUCUGGUGACUCGAAGACCCAGGUGGAGACCCGCGAGGGCGACGUUGUCCAGGGCCAGUACUCGCUGAACGACGCCGAUGGCUACCGUCGCAUUGUGGACUACACCGCCGAUCCCAUCAACGGAUUCAACGCAGUGGUGCGCCGUGAGCCCCUGGUGGCCGCCGUUGCCGCCGCUCCUGCUGCCGUCGUUGCCGCUCCAGCCCCAGUUGUCCGUGCCGCCGUCGCUGCCCCCGUGGUCCGUGCCGCCCCCCUGACCACCACCUACGCCGCCGCCCCAGCCCCUCUCGCCUACGCCGCCGCCCCAGCUCCCCUCGCCUACGCCGCCCCCGCGCCCGUCGUCAAGGCCGCUCCUCUGGUCGCCGCUGGACCCGCCAUCGUCAAGACCCAGUUCGCUUCGCCUCUUAUCUCGUACGCCUAUUGAAAUGCUCAGGAAUAGGCCACCACGACCCGAUAAUUGCCGUUAGUUGUUACUGAAAUAAAGGAUGUGAUCUAAUUGAAUGAAUAUCGAGUUGGCUUCUAUUAUGUUUGGCAAUGCGUGUGCUUCAUUACCUAUAACCUAUACAGGAUAUAGAUCUGUCGGGUUAGAGUGUUAAUACUGCAAUUAAUCAACCCUGCAGUUUUGCUGUCCGUAACCAUUAUUUUGACACAAACGAAAGAUAUUAGAACCACCUAUAAGUAUGACAAUCGACUGAAUGUCCCAAUCUACAUUUAAAUUCUUAUCUGUAGGGGCGCAAAUUUACAUAACACAUAAGAUUAUGGAAACAUUAAAGAAAAAAAUUGACUUUAAAAGCUUGGAUAAAAGAUUUGGAAUAUUUUCGACGAUUUUUAGGAAACAUUUUUUGUUGAAAAUACUAAUUUUUGUGUUUCUUAGACAAAUAAAAACGUUUAACUAAAUU